CCAUAAGAUUUAAAAAUAAAUACACAGCAUAACUUUUAAUAAUUUUCAAAAUGAUGAGCCAAAUUGAUAAGUCGAAGGUGACAGCCCCGCGUCUGGUCAAAUCGGUUAAUAAGCCCAAGGCAGAUCAAAUAUUCACCUGCCAGUUUGAGAUUUUUGGCAAAGUUCAGGGUGUCUAUUUCCGAAAGCACACUCAAAAGAAGGCCAAGGAAAUAGGCGUCACUGGAUGGUGCAUGAAUACUAGAGUUGGAACUGUUAAGGGAAUGCUAGAAGGAUCUCUGGAAAAGGUGACAGACAUGAAAUACUGGUUGCAGCACAAGGGUAGUCCCCGUUCCAUAAUUGAGAAAGCCAUUUUCUCCGAAAACGAGCCUCUGCCCUCCAAUAACUUCAAGCUCUUCUCCAUUCGCCGCUAAAGAUGAUCCUUUACAAAAUUCUAGUAGAAUAUUUUAUAUUUUGAAGAGGUAGUUGCACCAAACACAUAAUAAACAAGCUGGAUAUUUGAUUCCCAAAA